AUGGGCUUCAAGGACAUAGCUUGGUUCAAUCAAGCCUUGUUAUGCAAGCAAGCCUGGAGAAUAUGGUCUAAUCCUCAGUCUUUGUUGGCCAGAGUCAUGAAAAGCAGAUACUUUAGACAAGGAGACUUCCUGGACUGUCCUAUAGGCAGUAGACCAUCAUAUGCUUGGAGGAGCAUAGUUCAUGGGCAUGAGCUACUAUCGCAGGGGAUUCUGAAACGUAUUGGGAAUGGAAGAGAUACACAUGUUUGGUAUAAUAAUUGGCUUCUCAUGCCCACCCCUAGACCUCCGAGAUAUAGAACAUAUGAGGUAGACCUUUCUCUCACGGUAUGCGACCUUAUUGAUUCGAGGCAUGGAACUUGGGAUGCUCCGAGGAUUCGGCAUCUUUUUGUUGAGGAAGAUGCUACUAAGAUAUUGGGAAUGAAGCUGAACCUACAGUGUGAGGAUACAAAGACGAUUAAAAGUCCAAUGACGGCUCCGACUAUACCCCCUGUGGAGAAAAAACUUUGGUCUAAUCUAUGGAAGGUGAAAACAUUACCUAAAGUUAGACAUUUAAUGUGGCGUGCACUGGCUGGAGCCUUAGCAGUAUCGGAACGGCUUGCUUCUCGUGGUAUCAAUGUUGACGCUACCUGUAAGAAUUGUGGUGUUGCUUGGUUGACAAGGAAUCACGCUGGAACAGCCUUAGCCCACAGCCGUCGCUCGUACUCCCAUGUUUCAUCAUCACUAGAGGCUGAGUUUCUGGGUUUCUAUUGGGCUGCAGAAAGUUUAUCGACGUUGAAAUAUGAGAAGGUGGUGUUUGAGUCUACGUCAGAGGCAAACACAUGUGCUGAUGCUAUUGCUCUCAGUGUAACAAAAGACCACCGCUAUGCUUCUUACAUUGCUAAGGAUUGCCCUGGAUGGCUACUGCGCAUGGUACGUGAGGAUGAAGUUGGGAUGGUCACUGUCUACUAG